AUGGAUGAGGUGAAUCACAGUGAUCGCAGCAUCUACCGUCACUCAAUCGGAUCACUUCUUGCUUCGGGAGCUGCCGAUGCAGGAGGCGCAGGUGCUGGAGUCGAUUCCCUUCUUCAUACUCCCUCUGAGGAUCUCAUUGCCAAGAAACUAACCCAGCCCAUCUUCGUCACCUUCCUCGAUACCGACAAAAUUGAGUUCACUAAGAGCAAGAGUGGAAUACUGGGUUUCGGAUCGGAGAGAAAAGAGACAAUCAGUGGGCACGAAUGCCACGUUUGCAGUGCAGCCAAUGUGCAGAUUGUAACCCUUCGAAGAACAGAGCAUCUCACAGAGGAGAAUUUGCGUGAAAUUCAGGAAUCAAGAGCCAACGCAGGCACUACCGACUCCAAUAAUAAUCCUCUUACUAAUCUUCUCGGUGGACAGAAUUUUGAGAAGUCACGUCAUGUUCAAAUUACCAAUGUAAGUCCGUUUUAA